GGGCCGAGCGGAGCCGAGCGGAGCCGAGCGGGGCAGCGCCGCCGGGAUCUGGCCGCCCGCCAGCCCUGUUCUCAUAAACCACAUGCUGUCAGCGGCCCUAUAAAGGGCAGCGCGGCGGCGACGGCGGACUCAGCCCGGCCCCGCUCCCGCACUCAGCCGCCUUCUCCCGCACCGCCCGACCCGCCGCAGCCCCGGCCCCACGGCAGCCCCCAUGCCCCGCCUCGGAUCCCAGGUGUCCCUGUUCCGCUGCACCCUGCUCUCGUCCCUCCUCCUCAUCUGCAGCAUCCAUGAGACGGAGCAGAACAGCUACUGCCAGCAGAUCAUCACCGAGCGGCACCUGGACUACCUGCAGGAUCUGGCAGACACACAGAUGCAGCAACCCGGCACGGUGUCCUUCAGAUUCAUCAGCAAGAUGCGGCUGAACGACUCUGUCUGCUACGUGAAAGCUGCCUUCCCUUUGCUGGGCACAAUCCUGAACAGGACGACGUUCAAGGAGAACUCAACAAACGCCAACAAGAUGAAGACGGUGCGCAGGAUGUACGAAAGCAUCGAUGAGAACGUGGACCCCUGCAUCAGGGAGGAGGACGACGAGGAGCACGCGCUCUCCGAAACGUGCUUUGAGGAUUUCACCACGUCCCCCUACGAGAUGCUGGUGCUGGUGAGGCAGUUCUUCCAGGACAUCAAACAACUGCUGCACAACAAGGAGACCUUUGAGAAGGACUGCAGCCAGGUGUACCGCAGCGCGUGUGCGGGGCCCCAGCAGCGCAGCUCCUCCCCAGGUGUGGGGACAGAUCCUGACUGCAAUUGCCUGUCCCCUGCCCUCCCUUCUGCCACCCAGCCCUCCCUCUCCGCUGCCACCCGUGCCGGCAGGGACGUGGCACCCUCUAGCACCAGGGUCCCUUACCGCCGGCUGGGCGGCAUCCUGGCCGAGUUAGGCAGCAGUGCCUCGUCCGAGCCCCCCAGUAGCAUGGAGGGCAGCUCGGGGGCCGAGGAACUGCCAGGAACCGGGCUCGGCGACGCGUCGGCGCCGUCCCCCACCGUGCAGCAGACGCUUGGAGCCCUCCUGGAUCCGGCCGCGAGCGCCAGCCCGAAGGCCGAGGACAAAUCCAUCCCGUUCCACGGGAUGCUCGAGGAGGGCGCCGGGACCCCCGUCCUCCCGCAUCAGCUCCCUUCGCCCCGAGGGAUCAGCACGGCGAUGCCGGCGGCGGUCCCCAGCAGCGGCUCCGCGCAGCGCCGCGCCGUCGGUCGCCGUCCCACCGAGAGCCCCGAGCGGGUCACGCAGCUCCGCUUCUCCAGGAUGGCUCCGCUGUUGCGGGGACGGGCGGAGGGCGGCCCCGGGGACGGGACGGGGGCGCGAGGCUGGGGGCUGAGCCGGCUGCGGGAGCCCGAGGACGGCGGGGCCGGACCCAGCUUUGAUUCGAGCUUUGUUCUGAGCGCAGAGCAGCGCAGGAAGGAGCCGCCAGCCGCCGGCGAGAGCCACCGGGAGCUCCUGGUGUACGUCACGGUGGCCAGCGUCGUGGCCGUCUUGCUGGCCAUGGGCGGGCUGCUUUUCUACAAGUAUAAAUCCAAGGUCCUGCAGCGGCCGCUAGAACAGAGGGGCUGCGACCCCGAGGAGCCGGAGACCAGGGCGCUGCAGGGAGCGGAGGGGUGCGCGGAGCUGGAGACGCAGGAGCUGUGAGGGCCCCCUGGCGGGAUGCGACGCUGCUCGGGGGGGCGGGGGGGUGAACGGACGGGGGCGCUCCUCGCUGGGCGACGGACGGCCGUUGUGCGGCCCCCAAAAGACGCGACGAGCCCCAACCCCCGGCCUGCAGCUGGAACCCGCACAACCCACGGAUGAGGACGGAAGGACGGGGCAGCGCAGCCCGGCAGGACCUUGGCGAUGGGGUGGAUGGCACCGAGGGGCUCCGUGGGGACGGCGCUGGAUGCGUCCGAAGCUGCGAGUGGAAAAUCCGCCCCCCCCCCCUCCAUCCGUCCGUGUUUCCCGUUGCUCCUCACCCACGCCUGGCACGGCAACCCAUAGUGGGGGGGGGGCAGGGCAGGGGGGGGCACCCUUCCCGCAUCCCACCGGUGCUGAGGACCCAACGCCAGGCCUGCAAAGGGGAAACCCCUCACACUGUGAAUAUUUAAGACCCGCCGUGCCGUCCCCGUGCCGCGAUCCCAAGCUGGACUUGGGAGCUGCCCAGCGCAGGAAAGCUUCUCUAUGAACGCGGUGGAUAAAAAGCUUUUAUCCAACAAAUGCACUUUGGGGGAUGGGGGGGGGGUGGUUUCCCUCCCCCCUCCCUGCAGGGUUAUUGCUGCGAGCUGGCCUCGCCCAGACUGGAUUUUGAUGCUGGAGCACAGCGUGGUGGUGAUGCUGAGGGUGCAGGGAAAGGCUUUGGGGCACAGCGGUACCCAAAACCGCAUCCCACCCCACACAGCAUCCCUCCCCAGCGCCGCCGCUCCUGGGCUGGGAAGCGUUAUUUUUAUAUGAUAUAUAUAUUAAAAAAGAAGGAAAAAAAAAAAAGAGGGACAGACCCCACUUUUUUUGGUUGUUUUUAAAGCAUUAGUAUUAAUUUUGUUUUCUAUGCGUAUUUAUGGACUGCCAAAAGGAGGCGUUUCCUGGGGGGGAGGGAGGGGUGGAAG